AUGUGUCGAGUUGGUAGCGAACCCGGGACCUCCCGGUUACGAGACUACUGCUCUACCACUAAGCCCAUCACGCCUCCUGCACGAAAGUUCGUGCGACCCGAACACGUGAAGAUCCGCUGGAACGAAGUUUUGGUGUAUACCAAUACUUUCACCAUGAGAGAGAACAGAGAAACGGUGUUAUUGGUUGGUUUACUGGCUAUCAUCAGCAUCACCGCGUUGGUGCUUGGGAUCGUCGGCUUGAGUAAAUCCAACGGGGCGAGCACGGGCGAGGCGCAGCCAGUCAACGUAUACACUUCUGGAUCGUCCGAUGCACGUACUAGUAACGAAAAGAUCUGGAUGAUUGCAAUUGGCCACUACGGUAGCAACAUUGAAUACUUGGAUGAAGAGACUUACACGAUCCGGGGAUUUAAUCCAGAUAUAGUGGAUGCGGUUUAUUUACUUCUCUUUCAAUUAAUAUCACAAGUUUGCGCCAUCGCUAACAAGAACUGCAAAUUGGUAUACGACGUCUAUGGCAACUGCUGGGACAGCAACGCAGGCCAGCGGCCCAGGGGCGGCCAGGGGCUAAUGGGAGGCUGGUAUGACGGGUGCUCGGGUUGGAUCCAAACAUUUGACCGUCUGCUGACAUACUCCUUCACCAAACCUUUCAUGGAACCUAACAAAGUUACAAUGUAUGCAAAGAGCGGCAGCACACUCUCAUACGAUGAUGUGACAAACCUGAAUGUGGGGUUCGUUGAUGGCUGGGCCUACGAUGAGUUCUGUCUAGCCCGAUACACGGACAUUGCGGGUUCGAGUCUGCGUCAAGACCAGAUCAUACAUAUCGCCUCAUCAGAUAGACUAGUUGAAGCACUCAACACUGGAGAGGUCGAUGUCAUCUUUGUCUCAGCCCUAGCUCAAUACGAUACCGCCUUGAUGAGAAUCACGCCCUCAGACUUCCAGAAUAAGUGUCUGAAAGGAGGGAAUUCAGUCAUGACACGUCACAAUAACCCCGAUUUCGUCAACUGGUGGAACGACGCGUUUGAUCGUCUUGUCCAGAGAGGGCGCUAUGACGAAAUCUGCAAAACAGUCUCUGAGAGGCAUGGCCAUAUCCAAGGGCGGGAUUAUACUGAGCUUUGCAUCGGCUAUUAG